UGGGAGCGUUCGCCGCCGCGUCAGCACUCUCGAAUUAGCCCGUGUGAGCGCCGAGGCUCAGGGGGGAAAGUCCUGGUCAUGGACUGGAAGGAAGGCCAAGGAGCAGUAGGCCCUGGCCAGGUUGUGGGGCCGGGGCAGGUGACAGGAGAGGCGCAGGCGGCCAUCCCUGCAGGUCUAGAGGCGCUCUACGUGGCGUGUCGGGCCAUCUACCCCGAUCAACCCAAUCCACUCCAAGUCACCGCCCUUGUCAAGUAUUGGUUGGGCGGACCAGACCCUCUUGACUACAUUAGUAUGUACGCCAACCCAGGAAAUCCUAAACUAAACAUUCCUUCUCAUUGGCACUAUGUCAGCUUUGGAUGUUCUGAUCUUCAUGGGGAUGGUCGGGUUCAUGAGCAAACAGGGCCAGGAAACCCUAGUGGGUUUGGCUUUGAGCUAACGAUGCGCUUGAAGAGGGAAGAUGGAGAGAAAAGUCCACCCACUUGGCCAGCAGCCAUCAUGCAAGCCCUCUCAAAAUAUGUCUUCCAGUCCGAGUCCAUAUUGUGUGUUGGCGACCACGUGUCGUGGCACUGUCCCUUGGACAACAGUGAAUCUCGCGUUCAGCACAUGCUGAUGGGUGAAGACCCACAGCUAGGAAGUGUCACAACCCCCAACGGUUCCGUCCAGUUUGUGCAGAUUGUUGGAGUGACGACGGAAGAGUUGAGGGCUGCUCAACACUGGAAUGGCAUCGGUGUUCUUGACAUAAUAAAGCGGAUGCCAAGUGCAGGAGGUCCAUGGAUGGUGACAGACAUGCGCAGGGGCGAAAGCAUUUAUGAACUGGAACCUUCUGUAGCUGAAGAAGUCGAAAAUGGAAUUGAGAAUGAAGGUUCUAACCUGUCGGGUGUCUCGGCCAGGAUAGCAUGGGCAGAGGCUGAGCUUGGAAAUAUGGCUCCACUUUCCCCGCUGUCGCCAAGAACUGACAUUGAUCAGGAAUCGGAAGCUUCUCCACGUAUAACUCACGUGGAGAGUGAGCAGAUAAAGAACACCCUACAGAAAGGUCUUAUGCAAGGUGUAAGCAAGGGCUGUGUCACCCGAGGCACACUUGAAGGAAAGGCUGGCAGUGAAGCUGAUGUGGAGGGCAAUGUGGCCACCACAGAUUCAGCAGAGCUGUUUGUUACACGAAGGUUGGAGUCGGUUCAUCUUACAAUCAACCUGGAAUCUGGAGCACUUCUCCCUCUAGCACUUAGGGGGCGGUUAAAACAUGGACGGCACUUCACCUUCAAGUCUGUUGUCGACAUUGGAGCGGUGACUCUGGUUCCUCCUGCUGUGGCCGGUGCCUUCGUUGAUGCCAGUUGCCCAUAUGCCAGCCGUGGUCCUUGGCUACAAAUUUUUAUACCCGACGACUUUCUCCCAGCCAUGGCAAUGGACUUGGCUGAUCUUGCAGAUCCUGAAGAGGUGGCAUUACCAGCAACAUUUAGGUGGCCAAGCCGGAAAUUGACGAUAACUGUUGUUGCCGAGGAAAUAUAACAAGUUUUUAGUUGGUAUAAAUGAUCUGUGCUUAGGGUUACUGCUAAAAGAUCUUCAAAUACGUUCGAUAUAAUUUGAUAGUUUCCGAAUCUCU